AUGCGCCUGUGCAACCAACAUCUUGGCCAUGCAGAUUUGCAGCCUAAUUGGCUGGUUGUCCGCAGAUUCCGCGGCAUUUUGUUGGAUAAAGGAUGUCAGUGCGACACGUACCAGGAGCAGGCAGGCUGGUCGCAAUCCAGGGUACCAAGUACACCAUCCAAGGCUGCCAUUCCCUCGCUAAUCGGCCGAAAAUGGGGAAGCUGGCAUGUUGAAGCCAUCGAUCGGAUCGCCAUUUCCCACGGCCGAAACGAAGCUGGCAAUGUAACUCUCUAUGGGCUCUCAAGCCGGCAGAGACACUUGCACAUAUGCAUGUUAUACCAGGAUGCGCCUCAUACUCGGACAAAAUAG